AUGUCAGCAGAGACUUUUCAUUAUGCCAAAAAAUUGGACACAUUUCUUAUGUGUACUGGAUCAUUUUUUGCCAUUAUAAAUGGAGCUGGAUGGCCUUUACUUGCUAUUGUCUUUGGAGCUAUGACAAAUGAGUUUCUUACACAGUCUUCUUUGAAAAAUGUAACAUUACAAUCACAAGAAAAUAAAUCUGUAUUCUUAAGUAAAGUGCCAAAUCUACUUGAAAAUGCCUUUGACAAUAUUUCGCCUGAACGUUUUGAGAGUCAAAUGAGUACGUUUUCUCUGUACUAUGUUUACAUUGGUACGGCUGUGUUUUUUGCAUCUUUGUUUCAAAUAUUAACAUGGAUGAUGGCAUGUGAAAAACAAGUGUAUAUACUACGACAAGAAUUUUUCUAUCAAGUUUUACGUCAUGAAAUAGCAUGGUAUGAUAAACAUCAGAGUGGAGAAUUGGUCACAAAAUUAACUGAUGAUCUUGAACGUGUAAGAGAAGGUAUUGGGGACAAGUUCAGCAUGGUUAUUCAGUAUUAUUCAACAUUUAUCGCUGGUUUUGUGGUUGGCUUUAUUAAAGGAUGGCAAUUGACAUUAGUCAUUAUGUCCUUAACACCACUAUUAGCAUUGUCAUCAGCAUUUCUUGGAAAGUUGAUUGCUUCUUCAUCUGCACGAGAGCAACAAAAGUAUGCUGUUGCUGGGGGAAUUGCUGAAGAGGUUUUGUCAAGUAUUAGAACUGUUACUUCAUUUAAUGGACAGGAAAGAGAAUGCAAAAGAUACACUGCUGCUUUGAUUCAAGGCAUGAAUGUAGCCCUUCGAAAAUAUGUCUUUAUUGCCUUUGGUUUUGGAUUUACAUUUCUAGUUUUAUAUGGAGCAUAUGCUUUGGCAUUUUGGUAUGGAUCAGAAUUGAUUUCAGCUGGAAAAAUGACUCCAGGUGAUGUCUUUUCUGUAUUUUUUGCCGUUAUGAUUGGAUCGUUUUCUCUGGGUAAUGCAAUGCCUCACAUGACAGCUGUUUCAACUGCAAAAGGAUCAGCUGCAAAAGUUUUUCAAAUUAUUGAAACGGUACCAAAAAUUGAUCCAUAUUCUAAUAAAGGUACUAAGCUUGACAACUUUUCUGCCAACAUAGAAUUCCAUAAUGUGAAUUUUUCAUAUCCAUCUAGAAAAACAGUUCAGGUUCUGAAGAACUUCUGCCUGCAGAUAAAGGAAGGACAAACUGUUGCCUUAUGUGGUUCUAGUGGGAGUGGAAAAUCAACAGUUGUCAAUCUGUUAUUACGCUUUUAUGAUCCUAACCAAGGAAGUAUCACAUUAGGAGGUCACGAUCUGCGUUGUUUAAAUGUGAAUUGGUUAAGAUCUAAGAUUGGAGUUGUGAGUCAAGAACCUAUUUUGUUUAGUGGAACUAUUGCAACGAAUAUAGAAUAUGGUCAUCAAGGUGUUACAUUUCCAGACAUAGUCGCAGCUGCUAAAAUGGCGAAUGCUCAUGAUUUCAUAAUUCAGCUUCCAAAGGUAUAUUGUCUUCAGUUUUGCUUUUCAAAGCUUUAGCCUAACUGUUUUGAAAAUAAUGUAUAAGUAUAUUAACUGUGAAAGUAUGUAGGUUGAUUAAAAAAUAUUUAAACUAA